AUGACGCUGUUCUCGUCGAAGCUCCGCUAUCUUCUGGUCUUCUACGCCGCGUUCCAGGCGAUUCAGUAUGGACUCCGCUGGAAAUCGUACGAUAUCUCGCCGAAACAGUUCAAGACGGUGGCUGGAAAAGCGGCUGGCGCCGCGACAAUUUCUCAGUCAAUGUCCUCAUUGACAUCCGGAUUGCGGACAUAUUACGAGCCGAUCUUGCCGAGACACAUCGAAUGGCACGCAAUGCAAAUGGGAGGAUUGAGUCUGAGAAUCUAUCCAUAUCUCACCGCAUUCACCGAGUUCGCCGCCGCCUUCUCCGCCCCAUUCCCAACGACGGGACGUCCUGGAUUCCAUUGGGCGAACACGACGUGCACAGUUCUGAAGGGAAAAGUGUCGAGAUUCAACGAUGGGACUCAGGAUGAGUCGAGUGAGACGUUCUCGUCUGGAAUGGUUUUCAGACACGGACAAUUCGAGUCGUUUGUCUAUAAUUUGGAGAAGGAUACCUAUGUGGCAUGCUAUGGACGCGGAUUCCUACCGUUCUCUUCCACUGUCCACGUCACCUCUGGAAUCUCCCUCGGCGAGCCGCUCUCAAUCAUCAAGUUCUACAUCACACAGGCUCAAAACUACUGGAUCACUCUGAGCCAGUCGAUGUACCAAGUCUUCCAACACUACAAAGCACGCGCCACCGGAGAGCUCUAA